UUCCCGCUCUUUUCCCCAGUUCCAUUUUUUCCGCCGCGUUUGGCUGCUGUUUGGAACUUCGCUCGUGUUAGCUCGUUUUUGGAUCACUGGUUUUUUGACUCGGACUGUUUUUUGGACUUUGGCGUUUCUUCUUCCCCCGUGUACUGGACUUUUGGACUGUUGACCUUGAUUUUGGACUUCGUUUUGGAUCUGUCGACCUCGGUAGCGAUGUCUCCUCCGUUCAAGAAGUGUGACAUUUACGGGGGAAAAGUGCCGGUGCAGGAUCCCCACACCUCCUGCCUUUUUUGUCUCGGGAAGGACCAUGAUGUGAAGUCCUGCUCCCUCUGCAAAUCGAUGUCCUCCCAGGCCAGGAAGAACCGGGAAUCGCGGCUUACUUCAGCGAUAGCCCAGGGUAAGAUCCGGGAAGGGGAUCCUCGCCCGUCUUCGGCUCCUGUGGUCCCUGUUUCGGCGGCUCUUUCCGCCAGAGAUGGCCCGGCAAGUGCUCCCCCAUCGACAUCCGAUCGUUCUGGGGGUCCCAACCCCGAUGCAAAUGUGGCCCGUGGAUCUGACAAGCCCAGUGCCACCACCAAGCCCACCAAGCACCCGCAUAAAUCUGGGUCUGUGGGUACGGCCGCCGCAUCGUCUUCAUCUCGGAAACGGGAUACCCCUGCUAAGACCUUGCGGCCGGCAUCGGAGCACAGGUCCCGUAAGGAAGCUCCGUCGGACCCGAAGGAUGGAUCGGGGACCGUCAGGGACAGCUCCUCCAAGGCGAAGGCUGCCCCCCGCAAGGAGGAUGCGCCCAGACCGGGUGGAAGGCUCACGGAGUCGCCUAUCCCCUUCUUUCCUCCGGAUGCACCGCAGGGCUCCGCGUCAUCCAAGAAACGGAAAGCAUCCGAUUCCACAUCGGAGGCUACGGCUUCCAAGAAGGCGAAGCACGCCAAGGAGCACCCUCGCAAGGAGCCUGAGGUGGCUAAGGAUGUGGAUCGUCCGGUUCGCCCUCGCAUCCGACCGGAUUCCCCGAGGCGGGACACCCUGACGGUUGCGUCCGAGGCUCAGCAAACUUCGUCGACCCCGGGACCGUCAGCGACAACGACCGUUCCCUUUCUCCUCUCAAAUGAGGAAGACUCCCGGGACAGGCUCUCAAGAUCUCCUUCUCGGGGUCUACCCUCGCGGUCUCCAUCCCCAGCGCUUCGUUCUCCAGCGCGGAGUGAGCGACCCCCCAGGUCUCCAUCGCCAGCCCCCCUGUCUCCUCUAACGGUGCCUGCCGAUGAUGGGCUGUUCUACGAUUCCGAGGCAGACCAGUUCUACCUAAAGGUGUCCAGGGACGUCGCGAUGUCCAGAGUGCAUUCAGGUGAUCACCCCCGUGAUCGUCCCCGAGAGGUUUCGCAGCCGGAGAAACGCCAUCGGGACCCUGUCCCCGCUUCCAGAGCUGCUUUGCUUCGACUCCGAAGAGUCUAUGGCCUACCUUCCUCAAGACCGCUUUCAGGCCCUGUCAGCCGCAGUGCGCGCCGUUCACUCGCGCAGGAGACUCAAAGCCAGGGACAUACAGGUCGCCUUGGGACACAUGGCCUCCACGACAUUCGUCACCCCAUGGGCACGACUGCGCCUCAGGCCUCUUCAGGCAUGGUUCCUCUCCGUUUUCAACCCAUUGACAGACUCACCAAACAGGUGGCUCACUAUACCGAGGGCCGUGACUUCCUCCCUCCGAUGGUGGCUAGACUCCCAAAACGUGUGCAUAGGUAUGCCCUUCGUCCAGCCUCAACCACAAAUGACUCUGACGACGGAUGCGUCGAUGGAAGGCUGGGGUGCACACCUUCGGGACCUAUGCGUAAGAGAGAAGUGGUCCCUGCAGGAACGUGCGCUCCACAUCAACGCGCUGGAAAUGUUGGCGGUCGAGAAGGCUCUGAAAGCAUUCGAAUCCACCGUUUCAGGCAAGGUGAUUCUACUCAGGACCGACAACACAACUGUGAUGUACUAUGUCAACAAACAGGGAGGCACCAAUCCAGAACUCUCUUAGACAUCACGUUAAGGAUCUGGGACUGGUGCAUCCACAGGCGCAUUCUCCUUCAGGCGAUUCACCUACCAGGAGAAGAAAACACCCUAGCGGAUCAGCUCAGCAGGACAUCAACCUGCCACGAGUGGAGGCUUCAUCCAGAGACAGUCGACCUGUUUGCGACAGCCUCCAACAGCCACUGUCCCCAGUUCUGUUCUCGGGUGCGACACGAGAGUCCUUUCGAAGAUGCAUUCGCCUUCGACUGGUCCCGGGAAACGAUCUAUGCCUUUCCCCCGUUUCCGCUGCUGACCAGGGUGGUGUCCAAGAUGUCCAGGGAGAGAGUCAACGCGAUCCUCAUCACCCCGUGGUGGCCGAGACAGCCAUGGUUUCCGCUGCUUCUACACCUUUCCAACGGUGAGUUUCUCCGGCUGGAACCGAGGCCGGACCUUCUCACCCUCCUAGGGGGGAGGGUUCGGCAUCCCGACAUCGACUCGUUGCCGAUGGUGGCUUGGAGGCUCCUGCAUUGACGGCGCUGACACCUUCGGUGCGGAGGGUGAUCCGUGCCG